GCUUGCUCUCCACGACACUUCCCAGGUCUCUUGAGCUAUCUGCUGGGUGAGCUGUGCUCUCCUCCAAAGUUACAGGGAAUCUGGAGCCGUCUGCUCAGGAGGAGGGUGGAACAAGAGAUCCCCAGAGAAACUUCCUCAAAGGACUUGGCAGGUCUGGCCAUGCACUGGCUGCGGAAGCUCCAGGGGAUCUGCAUCCGAAGGAGGAUGCAGAUGGCCUGUCGCACUGUCCACAUUCAUGCCAAGCAGCUGGCAUCACUGCAGUGGGGCCACCAGGAAGUCCCUGCCAGAUUCAACUUCGCUAGCGACGUGAUGGAUUACUGGGCUAGCAUGGAGAAGGCCAGCCGGAGGGCACCGGGCCCUGCGCUGUGGUGGGUGAGCGGCCGCGGGGAGGAGGUGCGCUGGGACUUCGGCCAGCUGCAGGAGCUCAGCCAGCGGACGGCCAACGUCCUGGAGGGAGCGUGCGGCCUGCAGCGUGGGGACCGCGUGGCCGUGGUGCUGCCCCGGGUGCCCGAGUGGUGGCUGGUGACGCUGGGCUGCAUGCGAGCAGGCCUGGUCUUCAUGCCUGGGACCAUCCAGAUGACGGCCAAGGACAUCCUCUACCGGCUGCAGGCGUCCAAGGCCAGGGCCAUCGUGGCCGGGGACGAUGUGGCCCAGGCAGUGGACACGGUGGCCCCUGACUGCCCAUCUCUGAGAACCAAGCUGCUGGUGUCUGAGCACGGCCGGGAGGGCUGGCUGCACUUCCAGCCACUGCUACAAGGGGCGGCCCCCGCGCACCACUGCGUGGAGACGGCGGGCCAGGAGGCGGCGGCCAUCUACUUCACCAGCGGGAGCACUGGGCUCCCCAAGAUGGCAGAGCACUCCCAUGCCAGCCUGGGCAUCAAGGCCAAGAUGGAUGCUGGCCUGUGGAUGGGCCUGCAGGCCUCGGACCUGGUCUGGACCAUCACGGACACGGCCUGGAUCCUGAACAUGCUGUGUUCCUUCCUGGAGCCCUGGACAGCGGGUGCCUGCGUGUUCGUCCACCUGCUGCCCAGGUUCGACCCCCUGGUCAUCCUGCAGGUUUUGUCCAGCUACCCAGUCAGCAGCUUGGCGGGCGCCCCGCUGGUGUACCGCAUGCUGGUGCAGCAGGACCUGUCCAGGUUCCGGUUCCCGCACCUGCAGGGCUGCUUCAGCGGCGGGGAGGCCCUGCACCCGGGCACGCUGGCCAGCUGGCGGGCACACACAGGCCUGGACAUCCGCGAGUUCUACGGCCAGACGGAGACGGGCCUCACCUGCAGAGUGUCCAAGACCAUGGCAGUGAAGCCGGGCCACCUGGGGACCGCUGUGCCCCACUACGACGUGCAGGUCAUCGACGACCAGGGCCGCGUCCUGCCGCCAGGCGUGGAGGGCGACCUGGCCAUCAGGAUCAAGCCCCACCGGCCCAUCGGCAUCUUCUCCGGCUACGUGGACAACCCUGAGAAGACAGCGGCCAACAUCCGGGGGGAUUUCUGGCUCAUGGGAGACCGCGCCAUCAAGGACCAAGACGGCUAUUUCCAGUUCGUGGGGCGGGCAGACGACAUCAUCAACUCCAGCGGGUACCGGAUCGGGCCCGGGGAGGUGGAAGACGCCCUCAUGGAGCAUCCCGCUGUGGCAGAGACGGCUGUCAUCAGCAGCCCAGACCCCGUCCGAGGAGAGGUGGUGAAGGCCUUUGUGGUGCUGGCGCCGCAGUUUGUGUCCUGCGACCCGGAGCAGCUCACCCGGGAGCUGCAGCAGCACGUGAAGUCGGUGACCGCCCCGCACAAGUACCCGAGGAAGGUGGAGUUUGUCUUGGACCUGCCCAAAACCGUGUCUGGAAAAGUCCAGCGGACGAAGCUCCGAGAUCAGGAGUGGAGGAGGCCUGGGCCAGCCAGGGCCCAGUGACACCGGCAGGGGUUUCUUUGGGCCCUGCUCCCUCAUCCCCUUCCUCCAUUAGCAAAGGGUGCAGCCACUCUUUAUCUGGGCUACUUAGAUCUUUAUAAUAUAUUUUUCAACAAUUUUUGAGAUUCAAAUCCAAUUCUAAUUACUUUAAGGCCUUUACUUGGGCUAAUUUUUGUAACAGACAAUUUACUGAUUUUCUCGGAGGUCUUAUAGUCGUUUUAACAUGCUUCAUUAGCAUUUUAAUUAUUAUGGAAUUGCCAAUCCUGUUUUUUCCUGGGUCAAAUUCGCAGUCUUUCGUUUUGCAGGAAAAAACUGUCUUGAGUUUUUCAUUUCUGUGGCUUUGGCAGAGAGUCAAGCUCAAAACUCUAAACGUCCAAAAAGUGGACAGUUGCACACAUUUUGUUUUAAGCCAGGCUUCUCUCCCCGUGAGCACAGAAAUCCCAGACGCGUUUCUAAAUUUUUAUGGCGAGAAAGGAGACUCUAAAUCAGCGUACUGGGAGGGUGGGCUCCAUAUUGGCUUGCCUCCUGUCUCCCUUCCCCACACCCUGCUUGCUUUGGGGGAAGUUUUCAGUAACUUUCUGGCUGCGUGUCUUUUCAUGCUAAAUAGAUAAAGACAGAUCUUUUUUUUUUUUUCUUUUUUCUCUUUACGAAGUAAUAACUAGCACUUAAGCUUAUCCUUGCCAAAAUCUGGUUAUCAUAAGAUGUUCUUCGGUAAUUUUUAAAUAAAACUUUAAGUAAUCUUUCUGCAGGAGAGCUUAUAGCUCUGCCCUUUGAAUUUCUCCACACUAGAGGUGGUUUCAGUAGUGGGAUUUCAUUUCUUAUUACAGAUUUUAGAUUCCAAAUAUAAAUUAAGAUUUUAAUUUGAACAAGAAACCACAUUAAAGAUGACCAUGGCACUCUUUUUUCAGCCUGAUUUAAAGAA